CUGCUCCACCACUUGAUGCUGCUGACCUUGGCUGACGGUGGUUACGCCUUUCAGUCUCGCUGUGCUUCUCUGUUCACCAUGGCAUCGUCGGACGGGCUGGAUGAGGACUGCGUGUUGCAGCGGGGAAGAUCUCAGAGUGACCCGAGCAGCAUCACCGAGGUCCGCCUGGGUGAAGCGCACAGAGCAGAUGGGAUGGACCAGCAGAGGGUGCUGCACUCAGGCUGUCUGGUAUCAGGGGUUCGUACGCCUCCCGUCCGCCGCAACAGCAAGCUGGCCAGCCUGGGACGCAUCUUCAAGCCCUGGAAAUGGAGGAAAAAGAAAAAUGAGAAGCUGAAGCCCUCAGCAACGGUGGAGAAGAAAGCAGCUGUACGACAGAAGAGAGAUGACCUCGUCAGGAGGAACCCCGGGGAGACGGAGACAGAGUCAGAUCUCGCUUGUGGGGGGAACGGCGACGAUCCAGACACCCCGACUCACUCCGAUGCUGAGGACAGAGACGAGGAGCCUGUGGCACCUCUGGCCAGCACCAGUGAAGACCUGGGCAGUGACUUAGAAGCAUCAACAGCGCAUGAUUUGACUGAGGAUUCAAAGACAGUGGGAGACCCCAGUCAGAGUGACGAUGGAGAAGACGAGAGCACCUCACUGAGCAACCCCAGUGAAGAGCAGUCGAUGGGGAAGGCGGAGACUGUCGAGGGGAAACAGGAGGUGACGGUGGCCCCGCCUCAGAGACGAGCCAGCACCCCCCCUCCACCCAACCUGCCAGUCAAACUCCUCACCAGGCUGGGCAGCCUCGAUGGUGCUCCUCCAGUACCCGUGAAAAAGUCCCCGGCCACCUUACCCAGAAAUUUCACACUUCCCAAAGACCCUCACGGCUCCCUGUUGAGAGGCAGGAUCUCCACACCGACUGGGUCCCCCCACCUUGGGGCGCUACACCCACAGCUGCCCCCUAGCUGUAUCAUUGAGGAACUGCACCGUGCCCUAGCAACCAAACACAGACAGGACAGUUUCCAGACGAAGGAGACGCGCUCAUCUCCCAAACGGCGUCUGGACGGCCGUCUGUCCCGCACGUCCAGCACAGAGAGGGAGCCCGCCGGGGAGUCUGAGAGCAAGAAGGAGUCUGAUGAGAACAAGGAGAACUGGCGUUUGGACGAGUACUUGAGUGACCAGGACAGCUGGAACGAGUCUGUGAUCUCUGGCACCCUCCCACGCAGGAUGAGGAAGGAGCUGCUGGCCGUGAAGCUUCGGAACCGGCCCAGCAAGCAGGAGCUGGAGGACCGCAACAUCUUCCCUGUCCGCAGCGACCAGGAGCGGCAGGAAAUCCGGCAGCAGAUAGAGAUGAAGCUGGCCAAGAGGCUGAGCCAGAGGCCGGCGGUGGAGGAGCUGGAGAGUCGGAACAUCCUGAAGCAGAGAAAUGACCAGACAGAACAGGAGGAGAGGAGGGAAAUCAAACAGCGGCUGAACAGAAAGUUGAACCAGCGGCCGACGGUGGACGAGCUGCGGGACAGAAAGAUCCUGAUCCGUUUCAGCGACUACGUGGAAGUGGCCAAAGCUCAGGACUAUGACAGGCGAGCUGACAAGCCCUGGACCAGACUGUCAGCUGCUGACAAGGCGGCAAUACGGAAGGAGCUGAAUGAGUUCAAAAGUAAUGAGAUGGAAGUUCAUUCUUCGAGCAAGCAUCUGACAAGGUUCCACCGGCCUUAGCAAGGUUUCUUCUGUGAAGAGUUGCUGAUACCUGGUUCUGUCAGUGAAGACCUUGCACGGAGUCUUCCAGCGUCCUGGCCCACAGUCAGUGGGUGUCCUGAUAUUUGGGUCCAGCAAACCUUGGAGGCUAUGUCUCUAGAAAUGGAGCUGCCGGUAGGGGACGGGGGGGGGGGGGGGGGGGGGGCGCAUGCAGCAAGCUCCACUUCUUGCUCAGAGGAACAACUCCUUAACCCUCUCUUCACACUUGUCAGAGGAGCAGGAAGAAUCAAGGUCAUGUAUUCGCCAUAGACAAGCAGAGACUUCUUUUUGUAAACAGACUUUUUUUUUUUUUUUUUUGGAAAGAUGUCCUUUUGAUGCCACAGGGGGGAAAUGUGCAUGUGACCGAGUCGACCAGUCCCACUCCAGUAUCAGUAGUCACAUCCCCGAGCUGUGUCUGAGUCUCACCGAUUCAGUUCAUGAUGAUUUCAUAUCGACAGUGUAAAUGUUCUUAAAAAGAAACCUUGUCUGUGUACAAGACAAAAAUCCCUUUGUAAGCACUAUUUAUUGUCUGCACAAUACAGGUUUUCAAU